GGAGCGCAGGAGCCGACGGGCCCGGCCGCGAUGGUGCAGCGGCGGCUCCGCGGCGCGCACACGCUCUGAGUGGGCCCGGGCUGGGCCCCGCGCCCCCCGCGCCCCCCGCCGCCCCGGUCCCGGCCCCGGCCGGCAUGAUGUGCCUGGAGUGCGCCUCGGCGGCGGCGGGCGGCGCGGAGGAGGAGGAGGCGGACGCGGAGCGGCGGCGCCGGCGCCGGGGGGCGCAGCGAGGGGCUGGAGGCGGCGGCUGCUGCGGGGCGCGGGGAGUGGGCGCCGCGGGAGCCGCGGCCGCGGACGACGAGGUGCAGACGCUGUCGGGCAGCGUGAGGCGGGCGCCGUCCGGACCCCCCGGCACCCCCGGCACCCCCGGCACCCCCGGCUGCGCGGCUGCUGCCAAGGGCCCCGGAGCUCAGCAGCCCAAGCCGGCCAGCUUGGGCCGCGGACGGGGGGCCGCUGCCGCCAUCCUCAGCUUGGGCAACGUGCUCAACUACCUGGACAGGUACACCGUAGCAGGCGUCCUUCUGGACAUCCAGCAGCAGUUUGGGGUCAAGGACCGAGGCGCCGGCUUGCUGCAGUCAGUGUUCAUCUGCAGUUUCAUGGUGGCCGCCCCCAUCUUCGGCUACCUGGGUGACCGCUUCAACAGGAAAGUGAUCCUCAGCUGCGGCGUCUUCUUCUGGUCGGCGGUCACCUUCUCCAGCUCCUUCAUCCCCCGGCAGCACUUCUGGCUGCUGGUCCUGUCGCGGGGGCUGGUGGGGAUCGGCGAGGCCAGCUACUCCACCAUCGCGCCCACCAUCAUCGGCGACCUCUUCACCAAGAACACGCGCACGCUCAUGCUGUCCGUCUUCUACUUCGCCAUCCCGCUGGGCAGCGGCCUGGGCUACAUCACGGGCUCCAGCGUGAAGCAGGCGGCUGGAGACUGGCGCUGGGCCUUGCGGGUGUCCCCCAUCGUGGGCAUGAUCACAGGAACACUCAUCCUGAUCCUGGUCCCGGCCACCAAGAGAGGCCACGCUGACCAGCUCGGGGGACAGCUCAAGGUGCGGACCUCGUGGCUCCGAGACAUGAAGGCCCUGAUCCGCAACCGCAGCUACGUCUUCUCCUCCCUGGCCACGUCGGCCGUGUCCUUCGCCACAGGGGCCCUGGGCAUGUGGAUCCCGCUGUACUUGCACCGAGCUCAGGUCGUGCAGAAGACGGCAGACACGUGCAGCAGCCCGCCGUGCGGGGCCAAGGACAGCCUCAUCUUCGGGGCCAUCACCUGCUUCACUGGCUUCCUGGGUGUCGUCACGGGGGCGGGAGCCACGCGAUGGUGCCGCCUGCGGACCCAGCGGGCCGACCCCCUGGUGUGUGCCGUGGGCAUGCUGGGCUCGGCCAUCUUCGUCUGCCUCAUCUUCGUGGCUGCCAAGAGCAGCAUCGUGGGUGCCUACGUCUGCAUCUUUGUUGGGGAGACGCUGCUGUUCUCUAACUGGGCCAUCACCGCGGACAUCCUCAUGUACGUGGUCAUCCCCACGAGACGGGCCACGGCUGUGGCCCUGCAGAGCUUCACGUCGCACCUGCUGGGGGACGCCGGGAGCCCCUACCUCAUCGGCUUUGUGAGUAGGGGCGAGGCCGGGUGGGGGCGGCUUCGGGAGGCGCCCCCUGACGCGUCCCCGCCCUCACAGAUCUCCGACCUGAUCCGCCAGAGCACCAAGGACUCCCCGCUCUGGGAGUUCCUGAGCCUGGGCUACGCCCUCAUGCUCUGCCCCUUCGUGGUGGUCCUGGGCGGCAUGUUCUUCCUGGCCACGGCCCUCUUCUUCCUGGGCGACCGCGCCAAGGCCGAGCAGCAGGCUCUCCCACCUUCCCCUGGGGCUGACGAGGUCCCUGCCCGGCACGUCCGGCCAGCCGGCCCCCGAGAUGCGAUGCGCCAGAGCAGUGCCCGGGCCCGGCCGCAGCUGAUCCGCCACCUUGACCCCCGCCCGUCUCUCCCCCAGGGUGAACCAGCUGGUGAUGCCACCCGCACCCGUCAAAGUCUGAGGCCGUGCCCCCAGGAUGGCGAAGAGACCGUGCCGCUGCCCUACCUGGGAGGCGUCCCAGGGCAUCCCGGCCCUGCCGGGCUGACGCGAAGCUUUCUAUGUGACCCGAGGCUGGGCACCCACCCUCUCUGGUGCGGGCCUGCCGAGUGGCCGUGGCACCAAGAGGCCGCGUCCUCAACUGACGUGGAAGGCUGCGUGUGGGGGAGCCGCACGGACGGACAGACUCCCAGCCGCUGGGGCCCAGGGAGGACGCGGCCCCCAGCGCGUGUGUGGGGAGAGCCUGGGGCGUCACCACCUUACAUGGUCCUGGGCGGCUGGACUUUCCCACGUGGCAGCUUUGGAGACCCUGGACUGCACGGAGAAGGGGCGGCCCAGGCCUCGGGGCGGAGCUUCAGGCUCUGACCUCGGGGGCGCUGCUGGGCACUGGGCACGACCCUCCGGAGGACACUGGUCCCUGCUGCCGGGGCUGGCGCUCGGCCUGGCGGUCUCCUAGGUUAGGGCCACCCAGGCGGGGACCCGACCGCACACCCUGUGCCCACGGUGCCCAGGGCACCUCCACUCCCCGCCCCCCCGCUCCACACACGCUCCCCGCACACUGGCUGGAAUCAAGGUGGCGAGUAGGAGACCCCAAGAGCCAGCCUAGGCGACGCUUUGCCCCGUAGUUCCCGCCAGCGUGGCUUCAGUGUGUGCAAGCUAGCAGGCACCUGCUCCUCACCCAGCUCUGGGGUACCUGCGAGGGGGUGGGACCCCCAGAGACCAGCCUGGCCGCCUCCCACCGCAGCCUCAACCGGGGCCCCAGCGAUGUUUUCUUGUUGUACAAGAACCAGGUCCAAGUUCGCCUCCUCUUCCUUCCGGAAGCCAAACUCCUCCUUUAUUUUUUAGAGCUGCUGAUUGUGAAUCUCAGAGUCUUAAGAGAAAAACCAAAUAUAUUCCUCUUGUAAAUGAAGGAAUAAACCUAUUUAAAUCAUG